AAAGAAAGCUUCCGGAUGAGUCGAGAAUGUUUUAGAAUCCUAUGUGAACGAUUAUGUUCCUUAGAAAAGCGGGACACUACAUUCAUGAAGUGCAUUCCAUUAGAAACAAGUAAAAAAGCAGGUAUAAAAAGGGUAGCUAUAGCUUUGUACACUUUGAGGUCUUCCGCCGAAUACGCUACAAUAGGACGCCUAUUUGGGGUAUCCAAAGCUACUGUCUGUGUAAUAUUUAUUGAAUUUUGUGUAAAGGUGUGGGAAGUUUUAUCCUCGGACUACCUACACUGCAACAUUGCAACAGAGAACAAGAUAGAUGGAAAUGUCAAAGGAUUCGAAGCAAUGGGCUUUCCUCAAUGCUUUGGAGCCCUUGAUGGAUGCCACAUUGAAGUCAAACCUCCAAAAAAUGAGGCAUUUGACCACUAUAAUUAUAAAGGCUGGUACUCCAUGGUCCUGUUGGCUUUAGUGGACUAUAGGUAAUGGUCAACAAACACUAACCAACAUUUUUAUAAAUAGUCAUAUCCCUUAAUUUUAGGUUUCGUUUCAUAUAUAUAAAUGUCGGUGCACCAGGUCGGUGCAACGAUUCUUAUAUAUAUGAAAAUAGUACACUUAAGUCAAUGCUUCAAAGUCCAGAUUUUCAAAGGAAUUGC